CAACUUUAAUAACAGAUAGCUAGAGUCACCUCAAGUGUACGGAAUGAUGGCUGUACGUGUAAAUACGUUUUGUUGUGGUGUGAUUUUAAGACGUCCCCGCCGUUCCUUGAUGUGUGGUAAAUGUGUUUUGUGACCUAAAGAUACAGGAUGGAAUUUGAGAAUCGUUGAGAUGAGUAUGUGGUGUAUCUACGAUGGGUGGUAAUUACAUUUGUUCCUAUCACGAAGAGGUGCAGGAGUGUUAGGUGUACCUGUUACACGUGUUAAAUCAGUAAAGUGUCUGCCGAGGCCAGCCAAGCUUACCGUAGUUCAGGAUGGGGGAUCCGCUGGGCUGUCAUACCAACCUGCAGUGACGGCCUUUAGCCUACCUGGCUGAAUUACAAGGACUUAAAGGAGGUACUAACAACAUGUGCUCGGGGACUCGGCUGCGUGGCUGUACUGGAACAAUUAGGGAAAUGUCAGGUAUCUAAUUGUCACAAAGGGAACCAAUACUGGACUUUGGACAAGAUAUACGGGCAGUUUCAGUGUACAAGAUGUGAGCUCAGUGUAACACAAAACUGUAAUUAGAUAGUGAAUUAAUCUGUACAUUAAACUAAGGUAGAUUACUUUCCAGCAGAUUGUGAUGAAUGGAUGAUUAUAUUUGCCAACAAAAAAUCAAAAGAGAUGAAGCUGUGUUGGAAUGUAUUAUCCUCGACAGCGAACUGUGUUGGUCACCGUCCUGUUGUCAACGUAACAUACUAUAGUGCUCCGGCUAAUCUCUGAUAGUGGCCAGCACUGGCUGCAUGGGAUAAGGUACUACUUCAGAUUUUUCGGUGGAAGUCCAAACUCACCUUGCCCCAAUAAAGACUUAUUGGACAAUAAACCCUGAAAGGAGUGCAUGUGGCUUCCAGUUUUGCAUAAACCAGAUCAGGAGGGUUUUUUACUACCCAAUAAACCCGGGAUCUGUGGUCAGUUAUUGACUUGGUUAGUCAAUAUUGCUGGACUGGGGACACAACACACAAUCAACUUGACCUCAAUUGGCAGAGUUAACUGUUAGCCUAGUAUUCAUAGCCUGUAUGUACAGUCAUAGUGUGACCAUGUGCUAAUGAGGAAAUGUACACUUCACGGGGAUCUAUUAUAUUGAUAGCUGACAACAUCGUUAUAGGUAAAUACACGCACACAGCGUUAAAUCAAAAUGUUGUUGCCACAUAUUAGAACUAUGGGAUCUACUGCGAUAUUGUUGUGUUUUUCCUGAUUCUGUCGUGGAUAUUAUUUUUCGUCAUGACGUACAAUCAACGUUACAAGGAGCCUGGGUACAGGUAUAAGGAUACCUCAUACCAAAUCUUCCUGGAACUUCAGCGGAGGAAGGAUAUCAGAUUCCCUAAACCACUGGAAUUAACAGCAGCCAUAGCCGAGGAAAUACGGGUCCCAGAUGCUGACAGGAAAAAACAAGAUGGCGAUAAAAAUACAGAUUCAGAAAAGUUAAAGGUCAUUCUCGGAGAAUGGAAUGAUGGUUUGGAUGAUUCCUCAUCGUUAGAAGACGAUGCUGUGCCCUUAGCAACGUAUAACUUGGAAGAUUCUGUGUCAUUGCUGAGUGAUGCCAGUUCUGAUGCGGUUUCCUUGGAAACGACAGAAUUUGAUCAAAGGUCACCCAGUGGUAAACAUCGAAGGUUACUAAGUGCAAAUGAAUGUCAAGUUGAGGUUGUUGUUCACGACACUACAUCAAUUGAAAAUUCUCUAGUGGAUCAAAAUCUGUGUGAAGAAAUCAAUGUUCUUAGAGAAGAGAAGUUACUUUCAAAAUGUGAAAAUGAUAUUUCUGUAGUAAAUGAAAAUAUUCGAAAUUUGAAAACAACAGAAAGUUUGAAAAACUCGCAUUCAAGACAAUAUGUUACGGAAACAAUUAUUGGCAAAUGUGGUAACUCUUCUAAGAUAGAAACAGAGAUUUCGUCAACAGUAGUAGAGAAUUCUACUGAGAAAUCGGUUGGUUUGCCAUCACAGCAAUGUACUGCAAAAGUGGACAAAGACUCUACUGUGUGUAAUGAUGAUUCCAAACCCAUAGACAAUAGGAUAUCUGUAGAAAAUCCUAUGGUGAAUUCUGUGCGUUCCCCGGUUCUACAGAAUAAAAACACUACCGCAGAUCUUGUUUGUUCCCCUAUUCUACAAAAUAACAACGCUACUGAAGAUCUUGUGUGUUCCCCAGUUCUUGAGAGCAACCGUUCUACUGUGGAUCAUGUGUGUUCCACUGUUCCACAGAACAAUUACUCGACUGUGGAUUUAGAUAGUUCUACACCUGUGGAUGAUCCCCUAAUGAACAGUGCUGUCGUAGACCACCAUGUUAAAGUAGAAUCUGUGUGUCUACCUGUAACAAAACAUGGGGACGAGCCAAAGGACAACAGAAUUGUAACAGAUAUUAAACCAGUAGCAAAGACUGUGUUGUUAGACUACAGCAAGACGCGGCCAGGACUUAUUGCAGAAAGUGUGUUGUCCCCUGUUGAAGAGGAUACCAGUAUUCCAGAAUUGUGUUCCCCAGAUAUUAUUGACGAUUCCAUAAAGCAUGUGACAGAAAACUCGCUGUUUACACGUUGGGCAGACACUACCGUAUCAUCGGAUGAAUGUGAUUUUCGUAAAACCGAGACCCAGUCUGAAAGAAAAGUGUAUGAUAACAUUCACGUCAGGGAGGUAAACCCUUCACCCUCACACACUGCUUCUUUAGAUCAUGAUGUAGAGGAAGUAGGCAGAUGUAGCACCCCAACUUUCGUUCCUUCUGUUGAUCGCACAGAACAGAUCAUUAGCCUCACUUUGAACCAACACCGAAUAUUACGACGGUCAAAAACACUGCCAAACUUCUCCCCGUCAAAGAAACAGAAGAAGUUGAACAAUUCUAUACUGGUCGACGACCAACUUAACUCCUCAUACAAAGGGGAAAAUUAUGUGUUCAGAGACAGUUAUUUAAGAGGCUCAACAAGUUCCUCCCCUGGGGGUCUACUAGUCACCGAUAUAGAUGACCCAACACCCGUGUUCAAAGUCAAGAAGCAUACUCUGUCAACGACAGCCGUGCAGACUUCUUUCGAGGAUAGCAGUAAUCCUUCCAGUCCAAAACAUGCAGCAAGUUUGUCGCAGAGUCAGCAAAUCAGCAUAGGCACCAACACCACCGAUUCAUUGGAGAGGCCAAAGACUCGCGCUAAACGACUUGAGAGACUCCAGCAGGCGGAGAUUUCUAACACUGCCACUACAGAACUCUUCCUUGAUUCCAGUAAGGUCAAGGUUGUUUCGAAAGGUCAUGUGACCUCUGCAUCAGCAAAUUAUAUCACUGCUGUACCCAACCAUGUCACCGGUUUACCCAUGAAAAACAUGAUCAGUGUUUCGCCUAGUCAUGUGACUAGUGUACCAGCCGAUCAGGUUGUAGAUGGGAAUAUUACACCUACAAAUCAGACAAAUGGUUCUUCAGCGAAUCAUGUGACUGUCAAGCCAUUCAAUCACAUGACAAAGGUUUCCACCACAAACCACAAACCUGUCAUUCCCACAAGUCAUGUGAUUGUGAACAGAGCUCAAACCCAAGACACAACCAAACCUGUGAGUCAGUUUACACCAAAACCCAAGUUACCUACAAUGGAACCCCUUACCACGAUAUCAGUUACCUCCCCUGCCAUGUCACCUGUUCCUCCUAAGCCAUCCAACUUUUCUGAAAAUUUCCAGCCAAAGUCACAGCUUGGAUAUAUGAUUCACGACGAAUCUCCUGAAAUGCAAGUUAUUGUCAAUGCUACAAGUCCUGUGUUGCUGAGGCGGAAACCGUCCAACAGCAGAAACAAGCAGCGUGAAAUAGCCCGAAAGGAACUGGAGAUGUAUGCUAAUGACACAGAGUAUUCCCAAGUAAAUAACGAGUCAAAGUUCAUGGACAAAGACAUGUCUAAAACAUGGGAUGGGGUGUCAAGAAAAAAAUGGAAACAAUACUAUGCUCCCAUAAUGCAAUCUAUGCUUCAAAAUGGGACCACAACUGAUGAAAAUUGCAAUGUGAAAUUCGGGUCACAAAGUCUCCAACAAAAAACUCUAUUAGACCAGAUGCAUAAGAAGUAUUGUGCAUACCAGUAUAAGGGGUUGGAUAUUCCCUGUCUGACUUCCCAGCAACCCCUUGUACUCAAACCCAGCCCGCCACCUCCUGACAGGAUGAGGUCAAGGUCAUGGCUGCUCAAAAACUACGCAAUCAUUCUGCCAGAUUCAGCAGGUGUCUCUAAGCAGGACUCUGCCAGCAGUCCAAAGACAGAAUUCACAAAAAGUUGUUCAAUACCAGGUUCACCUUCCCUACCUCCUUCCAGAGACGGAACACUCAAGAGGCAGAAAUCAGACGACCACCAAACUUAUUCCACAGACAGUUCAAGGGACACAACUCCUACUGCUCAGCUAUCCCCCACCACUCCAGAGUCUGAUGGAGACUUGAAACUACAGCCUGGGAAAGGAGAUGCAGAAAUUGAAGCUGUCCAAGCGUGCAGAUGGCUGAAGGAGGCUGGUUUUCCACAGUAUGCCCAAAUGUAUGAUGAUGGUCAUUUUCCUGUGAACAUCGCUUCGGUGGAGAAGGAACAUGACUUCCUGGAGAAGGACUCACAACAGCCUCUAGUCAGGAGGCUGAAUACCCUGAACAAGUGUGCAAUAAUGCGAGUGAGCACCCCAAGUACUAAAAAAGGGGGUGAAGAUUCUGACGACGAGGACCAAUGUGCCUUGAGUGACAAAUGGAAGUACCAAUACAACAUUCGACGUUGGUCCAGGAAGGACUUUAACAGCCCGACCUCCGAAGACCAGAACACGCUGGUAAAAUCCAGCUCUAGUAACGACAGUCUGCUGACUGACCAGAACAGUAAUAGUGAAACUGACAACAGUCCAGUUCUGGACACCAAAGUUCACCACAACAAGGGUCAGACCAAUGACGAUUAUUUCGGUGUAAAGACCUCGACGCCAAUCAACAAUAACAAGGACAGUAUGUCGACAUCGGUGACGAGUCCGAGUUUGAGACGAGCGGCCAGUGAAAGAAUCAAAGGAGCUAAAAACUUCCUCAAGCGAGUGGAGAGCUUGAAAAAUAAUCGGAAAACAAAACGCAUCGGAAAUAAAAAUGGCUCCGCUGUAGAAAUUAGUGAACCUGUUAUCAUGGAUAGUGCAAACAUGCAGGAAAAAAUAAGGCAUUUGAAUUGUAAAGACUUGAGUCCUUCUUCGGAAAAUGGACCAAAUUCCCCGGAGAGUGGAUUGGAUCGGGACACGGCAAUAGUUUAUUCAGGAGAUGUAACUCCAACAUCUCCAGAACCAUGGUCAGACGAAACAACAAAUUACAAGGUGCCAAAUGUUACUGCCAAAUCCCCAUCAGGGUCAAUGUCGCUGCAGGAACUGUCAGAUAUUGAAAGUGUCUUGCAGACGACAUCGUCAUUUUCGACGUCGAGUACAGACAGUGAUGAACCUUUGCUUGGGAGUUCGCCCAGAAAACAUUUCUCUGUGCGGAGAAAUCACAGUGAAAAUAAUUUAACUGAAGGUAAUAAUUACGAGUUACCGCCCAGUCGACCAGGACGAUUUCCAAAAGAGUUGAGCACUAGUUACAGUGGACACGGUGUAAAACACCGGGCAGGAAGUUGUAAUUUGGAUAGUGAUAAGUUAAGUAGUUCAGACUCUUGUACGCCAUUGGUCCGACGACGGGGGUCAGCUGACCCAAGACUGGCCGGACAUCGGACCAGUUACUACGACAACGUGAAGGAAGAGGAAGACCUGCAGUCGACACAGAAGGAACUUGAUUUAAUUCUCCAUCGGCUGUUUCAAGAUAUUAAUGGCUUAAACAAAGCUAUCUAUGGAGAGGAUGCUGCUGAUGUAGAACUCCCUCCUUCACUUCAAAAUAGUUUAAAUCUGAAUGGCCUUGACCUUGAGGAUAGCCUGCAGGUCAACAGUGGCAUAAAUUCCAGCGACUUUGACCAAGACAAUGACGUCGCCAGUUGUACAGCGUCCUCGCCCGAGAGCAGUGACCAUGACAUUCCAUGCGAGGAGCUGUCCCACGAUGAUUCCACGGAACAAGUCAUCUACAGGGAGAGGCGAGAUUCCGGGGUCGGCUCUUCCCUCACACGCACGCCAAGUGACCGAAGACGCUACCGGAUACGCUGGCACAGUUUCCAAAAGUCGCAUCGCCCGAGCUAUGGAAAUGAGAACAUUCAGCUAACGUGUCUGUCUAUAUGUCAAUUGAUGGUCCUACAAAAACUUUCACUUAUCAAGCUCACAGCACUCAUAGAAAAAUACUCCCCGAACCGACCUGGCUGGAACUGGACGGUCCCUCGCUUCAUGAAGAGGCACAAAGUGCCCGACUACAAGGACAAGGUGGUGUUUGGAGUGCCCAUGUUGGUGACUCUACAGAGAACAGGGCAGCCACUCCCCCAGUGUAUACUCCAUGCCAUGCGCUACCUCCGCAAAACUUCUCCUGACGCUGUUGGCAUCUUCCGUAAACCUGGUGUCAGGUCACGUAUACAGAAGCUGAAGAAUGAACUGGAGGCUAAUCCAGAAAUGGUAAGUUUUGAGGAUGUACAAGACUACGACGUAGCCGAUCUGCUGAAACAGUAUUUCCGGGACCUACCAGAAUGUUUACUCACCAACAAACUUUCCGAGAUCUUCAUAAACAUCUUCAUCUACCUACCAGCUGACCAGAGGGUGGAGGCCUUGCAGUCGUCCGUUCUCCUACUUCCUGACGAGAAUCGUGAGGUGCUGGAGUCUCUCCUCCUCUUCCUGUCCGAUAUCUCCCAACAUGCAUCAGAACACCAGAUGACAGCGAGUAACCUAGCAGUAUGCCUUGCACCUUCGCUAUUCAUGAUGGGUGGCUAUAAGAUCGGGAGCCAGAGCCCCAGUCCACGCCGCCACAGAAAGAACCUAGGUGUACCUGAUGCUCGCGAGAUGUUGGAACAGAAGGCUGCCCACGAGUGUCUCACCACAAUGAUUGUGGAGUGUAAAAAGCUCUUCACAUUAUCUACAAGUACCCUGAGCAAGUGUCGGUUCUCCUACAUCGAGCAGGGUAACCCUGUGACAAUGGAGGAGUACACGAUGAGGUCCACGGAGGAUACCCCCGGGUACCAGUCAGACGUAGAAACGUGUAUACAGGGGCUACAAAAGGAAUCUCAUGACAAGUUCCGCGGUUGGAUUUCCUCGUCCUGCAGUCAUAGCGUAGAUGUGUCCUACAAGAAGGUCGCGGACGGUCAUCCACUGCGCCUGUGGAAGGUCCAGGUGGAGGUGGAUGCUCCACCUGAUGUCGUUUUGGACAAGCUUAAGAAUGAGAGACAACAGUGGGACGAAGAUUUACUGAAGUGGCGCUGUAUAGAGAAACUUGACCAACAGACCGAUGUGUUCCAGUACUCUCGUAAUUCCAUGCCACCACACCCCAGCCGUGACUUUGUCGUCCUCAGGUCUUGGAGAACGGACCUUCCAAAGGGUGCAUGCUGCAUGGUGUCCUUUUCCGUGGAGCACCCGAAAGCAGAGUUGCUUGGAGGCGUACGGUCAGUUGAGCUGGCUUCACACUUCCUGAUUGAGCCAUGUAGCACCGGCAAGUCGCGAAUAACACACAUCACCAGGGUUGACCUCAGAGGGCGAACGUCCGAGUGGUACAAGAGGUCGUUUGGUCACAUCACCAGUGGAAUGUUAGAGAGAAUCAGAGACUCUUUUAAACAGACCUUAGAAGGACCGGACCGCGAGUCGACAGUGUAGCAAGGUUACCACGGUAACGAGUCACAUGACCUGUGAUGCAUUUGACAAAAUGGUGAUGGACAAGAAGUAAUCGCCAUGGUGAAUUUUAUACCACAGUGAUGCCAACAACGCUUGAGUGAUCAUUUCUCUGGAGAAUUCUUUGACACGUUUCUGUGGAGGGGUUUAGAGCUUUUGUCUGAUGCUUCAAACUACAGUCCACCUCCACCAAGAGGAUGCUGGGUAUGACAAACCUCCAGUGAAAAUAUAUGAAUCUCAAGAUUGAUUUAAUUUAGUGCUUAUCUGGAGUCGUCACAGAGAGAGAGGGGGAAAGACAGGUUCUUUUCGAAGGAAACAAAGCAGGUUAUCAAUUCUGUAGCUACAUUGAAAGUUCACUAUGAAUUUGUUGGCAUUUGGAGGUGCUUGCACAAGAAUUGAAUAUAAAUGUGUACUAUUUUAGUUCAAUCACUUUUUGUGGUUGCUAUGGUAACAGACUGACCAUAUGACCUGACUGGGGACAGGUCAGGAAGCAGGUGAAAAUCUGAUAAUCCUCAUUUGUUAUAUAAUGAUAUUUUAAGUCAUUGCAUUUAUGAUAUUAGAUCACAGAGUUAUCUGUGCUGUUAUUGUGUGGCAGAUAUGAACUGGUAUCUGAAGUUGUUAAAAGUUUGUACAAGGGGAUGUUAUUGUUGACAUUUAACAGGUGAUCUAUUCAGAAAUAUUAAACACAGAAUUCUAAAUUCUUUAAGCUGACCAAGAAUUUUAAAUAUAAACGGACAUUUUUAAGAUAUGAUGUUAUUUUCUUUAAAAAUUACAUUUGAUUGUAAUCAAAUGAUAAAAUAUGAAGGAAGGAACAAAAAACUAAAUUUUAAGGUAAUAAAGUGGGCACUGCAGGAUUCAAUAAGAUUGAGGUGUAUAUAAACAGGUUAAGUAAUCCCUGGAAUAUUAAAAAGCUUUUUUUUAUAUAUGCUUGUUGUUCAUCUACAAAAGUAUACAGUAGUUUUGAUUGUACGUUUAGCUACAGACCAAAGAAAACACCUGAAUACUGCUCCAGAAUAGCAACAGUGAACUUUUCUAGUUUUAAAUGUGAAUGUCAAGUAAGUGAUAUUUUGCUGGUUAUUAGCCCUGCAAGCUUGACCCAUUCUUAUUUGUGAGGAAUUUCAUGCAUUUUACACAAUGUGUAUGUUUCAUUAAAAGAAAACAAAAAUUGGCAACAUGAUAUCUUAAUUAAACAUUUAUGUCUAAUAUUGAUAAGACAUAAAUAUGUAUUAUGUGACACGACAGAUUAUUUAAAACAAAAAAAUUGUAUAAAGUCUUAUCAAAUUUCCAUUAAAUUCUAGAGCCAGUGUGUCUGGUAUGUUAUCUAAAUGUACAAUCAAAUUUGCUGGAAAGAAGAUCUACAAAACCUUUUGCGAGAUCCCGUAUUUAAAUAUUGUAAUGUGGCACUUUCUCUUUUUUCCAUUUUUCAUGAAUAUACUUUUUCAAGAAAUGUGUAUUAAUUGUUGAAAACAUGAUCUUUUUUAUCUAUCAUAUAUUGCGUGAAAUUGGAGCUCAGAAGAAUUUGCAUUUAAUGUGAUAAGAAGUUGGACUUUGAAGCAUACUAGUAACCAGAAAAGCAUUCUAAGGAUCGUACGUAAUAGCUGAAAUGAUCUGCAUUAUCAUCCUGUCGCUCCCGACAAGAUUCGUUUGGUACAAUCCAAGUAGGAAAUUCCAUUGGCUCUCUCAGGGGUGAUAGUAACACAUACUCAGAUCUCAAGGGGAUCGGAUAUUGGAAAGAAUUGAGAUAUAUGAACGGUUUGCAAAGGGCAUAGUGAUAUUUGUUCCAUGUCUUUUGCUGAUAUGGAGAUAUUUUUUCUCUAGAAAAGCUACAUUUUUCUUUUUUUAUUUUGUAGAAUGUUGUAGCAUUUCACCAUUAAUUUAUUUUCAGUGUAAUAAAAACCUCAGGUUGAAAUUGAAAUGGCAAAUGCUUGGGGUACGAGUUCCCUUGACCGGCGAAAAUAUUUGAUGAUAGUGUUCCCAGUCUGAUGUGAACAAACUGAUUUGGAUGAGGACGUCCUCUUUCUGAUAUCGGCAGAAUAUUUGAAGAAGCAUUGAAUUAUAGUUUAGAGUUGAAACAUGUUCGUAGUUCAUCAGAGAGUCCCUUAACUUGCCAUUAAACUUAUUCUUCACAGAAAAUGGUUACUUGCAAUAGAAGAUGUUGUUUAAUUCAACUUCAGUUUUGCUCACUGCCAAUAGAAAAUUAUCUUGAAUAUUCGGUUUAAAAAUCAGAGAGGAAACAUUCACAUAUGCAUUGUUAUAAGAUAUUAUAAUAGAUAACCUUUAGAGAGCAAGGGAGAUCACUCUGGUAAAGGUAGAUAACUCUGACCAAAGAGAUUAUGGUCUUGGUCAGAGAUAGUAAUAUAAUUCAUACAGUUAUAUUUUAUUCAGUCGAAAGGGCUGGGAUCAUGACUAAAUCUUAAACGAGAUAUUCAAAACAUUGUUUACAGAUAAAGUAUUUUGUGUGCUUGUUGGGGGACCGAGAAAUAAGUUUUGAUGGAGAAUUCAACUUUUUAAGGGUUCAAUGGUAUGCAUGUUAGGGAUAUAUACAGACAACGUUAGAGAAUCAUAACUCUGGCAAUAUAGUGCUGGGUUUGAGUGACGAGGUGGAAUUAGCAUUACUAGUUAGACUUUUAUUAUUUUCAGUUCAGCAGCUCAGAUUUCCACUUUGUGGAGAUUUGUUUUUCCUUUAAACUUUGGUGCUAGUCACAAUUUGUGUGUGUAUCUGUGUAUUGUCGUAUAGUGUUGGAGCGUUGUGCAAAAUUCUUAGUCCCAGUUCUUGUUUGUCUUGUGCUGUUCUUACAGGCAACUGCCUGUAAAAUAUUUUUCAGUCAUUUUUAGGCGGUUGAUAUUUAGAGAUGGAAUACUCUUCUGGAAAUCAAACAAACCAGAUGUUUCAAAAUACAGAAAUGAAUGGAUCUGCUGUUUAAAUGCUGUUUUUUUUAAAAAAUGUUUGGAAGUGUUCUUCAGCAACUUUUUGGCGAAAAAAAAAACAAGUUAUGAAUAGCAAUUUGAAGAGAGAGAAAAUCGGGUAAAGAAAAUAUCUUCUGUUCCUAUCAAUGUAUGAUGUAAUCUUGUUUUUCCAUUACAAGUAUAAGAAGUGAUGUAAAUGUAUACCAUGUGAUAUUCCUUGUACAGACCCUGAGGUGAACUGACAUUUUAUCAUGUUGCACUGAUAUCGAAAGGUGCAAACUAAAGAGAGAUGUAAAAUCUCGAGUGUGUAAUCCAAAGUCUUGUACUGUGUCAAACGUAGCUAGUGCCAAUAUCUGUUCUGCACCACAACAGGCCACCCUCUCACUGUCUCAAAACUCUCAUAGAGUUUACUGACAGGAGCCUGGCAUCAGCACUACCUGUUAAAACAAGUUAACAUGCCUACAUUUUAUGAUAUAAUGGUUAGAGAUUAAAAAAAAUCAAUCUGCCGCCAAACAUAGAUACAAUUAAUACUACAAGAAAACGUCCUCCUUGAUAUCAAAUAUGAUAAUAUAGUUAAUGAUUAAAAAAUUUAAUCAAACCCUGAACAAGGAUACAUUUUAUUCUGCAUGAAAACUUUGUCUUUGAAAUCAAAAAUCAUAGAUGCACACAUACAUAAGAUGUUAAGAACUAAUUUCGAAUUUUUAGCACUCGAACUUUGGUUGUCUUUAUGUAACUGAAGCAACUUAUUCUACUCCGAGAAUAUAUUAUCAGGAUUUUAUAUCCCAUGCAACAAAACAUUCAUAUUAGUGUUUUUUUAUGGCAGUGUUGACCACACUUUCCUGUAAUUAGCCCGUCGGAAGGUAGGGAGGGGGACAUUUAUUAGAAACAGUUAAAUUUGGAUAUCAAGUUUAUACACAACUUUGAUCCCGUAAACAAAAAAGGGUUAAUUUUCAAACAACUUUGACCCAAUAAACAAAAAGGGUUAAUUUUCUUUCUGACCCUCCUCGGUAACAUUUGUUUUACAAAGAGGGAAUUGUAGGGUUCAAUAUCUAGACAACAGACUGUAUGGACAUUGGCGCUAACUAGGUUUGAUACGGUACACCCUGUUUAUGUGUUUUAUUGCCAGUAUAUAUAGUCACUGAUAUUGACAUUAUCUACAUUCAUUACCUAUAUAUAUAUAUAUUGUUGCCAGAUGUAAUUUUGGUGUGUACCUCAGUGUCGGCUCUACAUAAUUCCUUGUACCAUGUUAUAUUGUAUGCUAUUAUUACAAUGACAUCAAACGUCAUUGAUUCAUUUACUAAACAACUAUAUAUUGACUUAAUAAAUAUGAUCUAAAGUAUA